ACGACAUCCAUCUCUCUCUCUCACACACAUACACUCACACUCACACUCGCACAGCUGAGGGGUCAGAUCCUGCAGAGACUACAGACCACAGAUAGCAGCCAUGUUGGCUCUUGUCUGGUUACUGAUGAUGAUGAAGAGUGAAGCUGUAGAGGUCAUCACUGUGCGCAGUGGAGAGUCUGUCCUGCUGACCUCAAAGUUGCUGAAGAGUGCAAAGGCAGAGCACAGGCAGGACAUCAGGUGGACUCACCAGCACCUAGUGAUGUCACUGAAGAACAACAAAACCGUGUGUUAUCAUAAACGCUGCGCCAUGCAAAGCAAUGGCACGCUGAUGUUCACACACGUGCAGAGCGCAGACGCAGGAGACUACAGACUGGAGGUGUUUAAUAGCGAGGGGCAGAGACUGGUGGAGGAGGACUUCCUGCUUAGGGUGGAGGGGGCAGGGCUAUCACAAGGUGGCAGCAUUAAAUUGGUGUGUGUGUUGAUUAUCACCUUGGUCUUGCUCGUCCCCAUCGUGAUCUUCUACGUCUGCAGGAAGAGGCAGGUUCAGAGGACAAUGACAGCAGGUCCUCUAGAGGAAAAUGUGUAUGUGGUGAUGAACGGUAACAAGAGCAAGGCAAAAGAUGUGGAGGACGAAAAGCAUGAGAAUGAAGAGGAGUCUCCUUAUGUUCUGUGUCCUCCUCGUCUAGUCGUUUCCAUGGAAACACUAAUCACAGACCAGAAAACUUUGGAUGAAGAAGACAUCUAUGUUUAAAGAUGACCAAUAGGAGCUUACCUGGUGGUUGACUGCACACCUGGGCUCACCUGUGUGAUGUCAUCGCUUGUUGAUCAGUGUUUACUCCUCUUGUUUAAAUAAAGUUCAAAUAUUCAAAUGUCCUGAAAAUUUAUUUUCUGAUUUUGAUUAAAAGGUCUAAAAGGCCAAACUACC